GCGCAGGCGGGGUCGCGCGGCGGGCGGCGGGGUCCUGGCGGAGGAGCUCCCUGGUUGCAUCAAGAGUGAAUCUGCACGGGCCGCCCUGCUGAUCCCGGGUUUAUAGCCAUCUUUUUUAACCUGCAAAGAAGCAUUUGCAGACGUUCUGUCAUGGGUAGCGCUUGCCAACCUUUGGAGGUAAAUAAAGCCUCUCCCGUCUUACAGAGAAGCUGGAAGCCCGGAGUGAGAAGGGAAGAGCGGGGAGGUGCUGCGUGUGUGCCCCAGGCGGCACCAUGGCGGGUGGUUUGAAACAUUUUCUUACUGAAUCUUCCCAGCAGCCCUGGGCUGGAGCGAGUAGAUUGAUCCUUUCCAGCUGAGGAACCCGAGGCCCCAGGAGCAUGAGUCACUCACACAAGGACACCCAGCUAGCUGGACGUUGGGCUCUGGCCCACUCUCAACUCUGUGGGCCCGACGCGCUGCUCCUCUGGGGCCUCGCCUGCCGUUGCCUGGGGUAGCUGUGCUUAGCUGCAUCACGCCCAUGUGCUUUGUUUCCUCCCAGGAUGUGAAGCCGGCAGAGAAAUAAAGCGUCGCCCCUCUGCGCGUCCCUCCCCGCCUGCUAGAAUGUUUCUCAUGAACGCCCCUCCAGUGGUUGCUCUCCAGUCCAGAUGGGAGGGCUUCGGCCCACCAGGGAGCUUUAGGCUCCCCGGGUGCUUCUCAGAGGCUGACGAGGGCGUGGAGAGUGCGGCGGUGAGCGCCCGGGUACAGAUGCUCAUCACCACGCUGCAGCGCGACGGGGCUGCUCGGGGCACCAGCGAUGAGCGUGCCGUGCAGAGGGGCCACAGGGCGGAGGGAUGCCACGACGCCAGGCCUGCGGCCAAGCCCCCCACGCACAAGGAGCCGCCCGCCUUGGCUGCCUGUGGCCUUGUGGCUGGCAUGGACCCCAUGGGGGAGGAGGCAGCUGCAGACUUUGGCCCGUUGGUGCUAGAUUCAGACAGUGAUGAUUCCGUGGACCGGGACAUUGAGGAGGCCAUCCAGGAGUACCUGAAGGCGAAGAGUGGUGGGACACAGCCCGGGUCUGGCGGGGUCCAGCCAGGCGCAGCCCAGCAGCCUUCCAGGGCCUCAGGUGGAGGCAGUAGAUGUAAGCCAGAACCGGCUCACAGCAGUGCCCCGACUGCCCUGGGUCCCCCAAAACUUGCGCCUGGCUCAGGCAGUGGCCCUGGCAGCCAGGUGGCAUCCAACCAGGACCAGGGCUCCGCCUCCCCGGUCAGCGUGAGCAGCGAUGACUCCUUUGAGCAGAGCAUCAGGGCAGAAAUAGAACAGUUUCUAAACGAGAAGAGACAGCAUGAGACCCAAAAAUGUGAUGGGUCAGUAGACAAGAAACCAGACCCCAGCGAGAAUUCGGCGGCCAAGUCAUUCUUGAAAUCCCAUCAAGAGCCGGCCACGAGGGGGCUGCAUCGGCAGGGUCUGAUGAGCGCCCAGAAGGAGUUCACCUUCCGCAGACCUCCGCGGUUAGCAAAGAUGAACAUGCAGCCCAGAAACCUCAGGUCCACGGGCACGACCACGCGGGAGAAUGAGGGCAGCGCAAAGCCAGCAGCCCCCUGCCGCCCUUCAGAAGCAGCACAGAAUCAAAGCGGGGUGAAGAGGAGCACCAGUGCCGCAAGGAGGGGAGGGCGAGUCCCCAGCGCGGCACAGGCGCCCGAGGCGUCCGACUCCAGCAGCGACGAUGGCAUCGAGGAGGCCAUCCAGCUGUACCAGCUGCAGAAAACGCGCAAGGAGGCGGACGGGGACCCGUCCCAGAGGGCGCCGCUCCGCGAGGAGAGGCAGCCUGACCCUCCCGCACACAGCACAAGCAGUGCCACGAAAAGUGCCUUGCCUGAGACCCACAGGAAAACACCCAGCAAGAAGAAGCCAGUGGCCGCCAAGACCUCGGACCCUGGCCCCAGGGGCCUGGACACUGACCACUUCCCCAAACUCCUGAAGGAAACCAAAGCUCCGCCUCCUGUGAGCCCGGCUUCCAGGAGCGAGUUUGUGGAACGGUCCUCGUGCCGGGCAGACACAUCCGCUGAGCUGAUGUGCGCGGAAGCGAUCCUGGACAUUUCCAAGACGAUCCUGCCGGCCCCCGUGAAGGGCAGCGACGGGUCCCUGUCCGCGAGCCCACUCUUCCACUCCGCCAACGUGCCUUCCCGCUCCGACGGCGACAGUAGCUCUGUGGACAGCGACGACAGCAUCGAGCAGGAAAUCCGGACGUUUUUGGCCCUCAAGGCGCAGUCGGGGAGUUUGCUGGCCAGAGGUGAGAGCUGCCCGCAGGCUGCCCAGGGCCCACUUUCGCCGCCUGGCCCCAACGGCCAGACCAGCGGCCCCAAGGCCCCGCUCUCUAAAACAUCGGACCCACUGCUGGGCUGCAAAAGGAAGCGCAGAGGCGGCAGCCAUGCGAGGCCAUCCGUGCCCAAGAAAACACGGGAGGUGGUGAAAGACGGGGGCCGGGAUGCUGACCACAGCCAGGGGAGAGCUGAGCCCGGCCAUGAGGGGCGGGACCUGCCUGUCCAGGGCAAAGCCAGUGAGGCCCCCGGAGGGACGGGGACCGCUCGCCUGUCACAGGGCCAGAGUAAGACAGACGAGGCCAGGCGCCUGGACAGGAAGGAGAGCUCCGAGGACAAAAGCAGCUCCCUGGACAGUGACGAGGACCUGGACACGGCCAUCAAGGACUUGUUAAGGUCCAAGCGGAAGCUGAAGAAGCGGUGCCGGGAGCCCAGGGCGGCCUGCGGGAAGAAGGUCCGGUUCGGCACCUCGCAGACACACUUUUUGGAGCAGCUGGGCGGGCUGCGGAGAGACUGGGAGGACAGGAGGCCGCCCGUGCUCAAGAGCUGCCUCUCCAAGUCCAAGAGAGACGGCGGCGAGGGCCCCGGGAAGAAAUCCCCCAGCGUCUUCGGCGGCACAGCAGAGAGGGCGAAGCAGGAGGGUGCCGGGAGCCAGGACACGGCCCCCACCUUCCGGAUGAGGAGACCGGCCUCUGCCUCCGAAGGGAAUCCAUUCCGCAGGGAGUCCCAGAGCUCAGCUCCCAGGCCAGGCUCCCUGUCUGACGACAGCAGUUCAGUGGACAGCGACGAUAGCAUCGAACUGGAGAUUCGGAAGUUCUUGGCGGAAAAGGCCAAGGAGUCAGUGAGCAGUUCCGAAGUUCAGGCAGAGGGCCCGGCUGCCCUCGGGACAGGGGCCCCAGCCAGGCCAGAGGUCCUGGGCAGGAAGGAGCCCGCCCCGCCGCCUGGCAUGUGUACCCGGAGCCAGAGGGCCAGGGGUGCCCCACAGCCGGCAGAAGGGUCUCGAGGCACAGAGAGCUCAGGAGCGCAGGGUGCGGCUGGUCUGUUCGGCCAGGGCGGGAAGGGGCUCCCGGCUGCUCCCGGCCGAGGGGAUCCGGCACCACCUAGGAGCGCCAGCGUCUCUACCAAGGGGCUGUCACUGAGCAGGAAAAAUGUUUACAUUCACAGAGACCAGAGCCCACGAGGGACCGAGCCUGCUGCCAAAAGUGCUUUUGGUCCGCUGCCCAGCUGUGCCACAGCGGGCACCGAGGCAGCAGGUGCCCGGGGGACCUUUCACAUGGGCUGCGGGAGCCGGGGCUUCCUGACCCCCAGCCCGGGAGCUGAGAGGGACGCUAGAGCCCAGGCUGACCGCACCCUGCCCUGGAGCGACUUUGCCCACCAGAGUCGGCUGCCCAGCCCGUGGGCGCUGCGCUCCGAAGGCAGAGAUGCAGCGUGGAGUGGGGGCGUCGGGAUCGAGAGAGAUAAGGGGUCCGAGGGCCCCGCCCGGGGCCUGCCCAGCCUGCCCCUUGCCGGCUUUUCCCCACUGCUGUCCACCCAGCUCUUCCACUUUGGAAAGGGUGUCUCCUGGGGGGGCAGGCAGGCCGGCCUCUUCAGCCCCCACCUGGGGUUGCCUCUGCAGGGCCCGUCCUUCUCGGCCUUCAGGGAGGCCCAGGCCGGGCCCAGCCCUGUCUUUGGAAGCCCCCACCUGCUGGCAAAGAAGGAUGGCGGGCCCUGGCCAAGCAGGAAGGCGCAGCCGGGGCUGAGUUUGCAUGACAGGAAGAGCUCAGGCUCUGAGGAAAGCAUCUUGGACCUGAGGUAUCGGCGAAGGGUCAUCGAUAGGGACGACCAGGACCAGGACGCCUUGGGCAGUGACGCCAGUGACUUCAGCGACACCUCUGGUGAGGACAGUGGUGGCAGCUCAGUAGUGAAGGUGUAAGCCCUGGAGCUGUGGGUUCUGUCCUGGGCUCCAUGCAUUCGUGGAGAGCGGCGUAGCCGUGCGUGUGUCGUGCGUGUGUGUGAUGGUCUGUAGUUGCCGGGAGGGGAGCAGGAGGCUGUUAUACAUACCCCUGUAUAUACGUACGCCAACACGAAACAAUGCUUUUAUUUAA